AUGGGGCGCGCGCCGUGCUGCGACAAGGCGAGCGUGAAGCGGGGGCCCUGGUCGCCCGAGGAGGACGAGCAGCUGCGGAGCUACGUCCAGCGCAACGGCGGCAUCGGCGGCAACUGGAUCGCCCUGCCGCAGAAAGCAGGGCUGAACCGGUGCGGCAAGAGCUGCCGGCUGCGGUGGCUCAACUACCUGCGGCCGGACAUCAAGCACGGGGGCUACACCGAGGAGGAGGACCGGAUCAUCUGGUCACUCUACAUCUCCAUCGGAAGCAGGUGGUCGAUCAUCGCGUCCAAGCUCCCCGGCCGGACCGACAACGACGUCAAGAACUACUGGAACACCAAGCUCAAGAAGAAGGCCAUGGCCAUGGCGGCGGCCGCCGGCGGCGCUAGUAGCAGCAGCGGAGCAGGAGCCUUCGCGGCGCCCGCCACGCCGACUCCGACGCCGCCGGCGCUCUCACCCGCCUCCUCGUCCGUCACCAGCUCCAGCGGCGACGUGCGCUUCGGCGCCGCGUACACGGAGCCGCAGCCGCAGCCGCAGCACCCCGGCGGGCUCAUAGGCUUCGACGCGCCGCGGACGGAGCUCGCGCCCGUGCCGCAGGCAGUCGCCGCGCAGCUGGACGGCGCCUGGUCGACGCACGCGGCAGCGGCGCUGGACGGCGGGGACGUGUUCCUGCCCCUGCCCGAGCUCGGCGACGGCGGCGGCGAGCAGCUGUUCCCGUACGGCGACUUCUUCGGCGGGCUGCUGCAAGACAGGGCCCUGGAGCAGCUCUCGGCGUGCUACUUCCCCAACAUGGCCGAGAUAUGGGGCGCCACCGCUGCCGUCGCCCCCGACGGCAACUGCAAGCCGCUGGGUCUCUGCAACACCCUGACAUAG